AUGUCGUAUGGGCCCCUCCAUAAUUAUAGGAACUACUAUGAUUCCAACCAAAGCCAGCGGAACCUGGACGACUCGUACAACACCCCCAGACAACCCACCUCGACACACCAGUACACGAAACAGCAGGCAUCAUAUCCAGGUGACGUCGGACAGUCCCGGUACAACUCCUUAGGGUACGAUGGAUCAAAUCAGUCUCAGCGACAGGAUUAUUCCAGUGGCUCGCGCCAGCAAUCGACUUAUGGAAACGGUGGCUCCAAAGAUGUGACCACCCGGAGCACGUCUUCAGAUAAGUGGACUCAAGCUAGACAUUACGCGGCCCAGGCUGCAGCAGGAAGUUCAGCGCAUAAUUACUACAACACCUCAACUUCAACGAGCGAGAGUACUCAGGGAUUGAAUAGUCUUGCGUAUGCUUCAGGACUAGACGAUGCAGAGUUACAGAGAUAUGGCCAGCAUGUACCACGGUCGAAUGCGCUGUCAGGCUGUGGAUACUCUAUGUCUUCUGCUUCGCAUAUGCCGGAUGGCGCCCAGUGGCCGGCUGUCACCGAGAGCACGUUCCGACACAGCACGACCCCUUCAUAUGACCCCUAUUCGAAUGGCACAUCUUCGUCACAACACCAAGGUAAUAGUUUAUCCACAGCGGCAGCAGCUCUCGCCGGUGCAGUCAGUGCAGGCUUUGCACAAGCUACACAUACAAUGGGAGGCCAUUCAUCGACCUCACCUGUGGUGGAAAGUUCCACUUCGGCUCAACAGUCCGUCACUGCAAGGUCUGCCUCACCUUACUAUCCACCUCAGCCCGUCCCGUCCCGAUCACAGAGACGUCAGUCACCAAGCCCCCCACAAUCAACUCAGAGCGCGCAAAGUACGGAAGCAUACCAGCAUAGAGCACGGCCUGCAACAUCUGGCCAGCACGGCGAAGCGUCGACUCGAAAUCCCUCGUCACGAACGUCACCGAAUAAUGCUCAGCCAGUCAAUGCAAUCUCAAGCCUCAUAACUCCGUCAAUGGAAGAGCCAAUCCGAAAAGAGUAUCCGAUAGCAGACGAGCAGCAGGCCAUGCCAAACUACAUCGACCCAACGCAAGUCUUCAACCCUUACGCCAAAGAGCACGAGAGGAGACGCCGGGAAGCAGCAGCUCAAGCUGAGACCGAGGCAAUCAAGAAGAAAACAGAGGAGGAAGCUGCUGCAAAACGAAGCGCGCAAAAGGCGGCUAUGGUAGGGGUCGAGAAGAAAGCAAAUCAAGAAAAAGCCACUACAGCGAAGAGAGCUCCAAAGUCACACCAGAAACGAUCCAAACCUGUCGGAAGUGUUCAUCCGCCUGCAAGUGAAUCUGCUGGUAUAAUAUGUCCCCAACCCGUCGAUGCAGCAACGGACGGAACGGCCAGUGAAACGACUAUGGCAUUAGAGCUUAAAGCAAUGAUGGAAAAAAUGAAAGAGUUUCGGAGUAAAGAUCCUGGCCUAUUUCAGAAGCUAUGGGACGACAUGCGCAAGUCGGUUUCUGGACCCGCGAGUGCCGUACCUCUACAGUCGCCAUCUCCUCAGAUGAACCAACAACAAACUGUCCCUCCUGCAAGUAUGACAGCCCCGGUCCAAUCUGGACCGCAACAUCAGCCUACGGUCGAACCUAUGACUGCGAUGCCCUCUGGGGUCAAGACAUCUCACGAUUCCGACGUCACUCCUAACGUGCCACGGCCAUUUAAGAUGAAUGGAUACAGGGUUGCAGUGUUAGACAACCCAGAAAAUCUCCCUGAUCUCGGUCGUUUUCCUGCUGAGCGACGUAUCCGAACGAAGGUCCCAAAGCCUCCUGCACCGAGCCCUGCUCAAUUUGUCCUUGCUCAAUCUACACCUGCUCAACUUGCACCUGCUCAACCUGUAGCUGUUCAGCCAGCUGUAGCUAAUCAGUCGCCCACUGCUUCUAACCAAGGAACCCCUGCUCCACCUUUGCAACCUCAAGUCGAAGCAGCAGGCCUAGCAGCUGAAGCUAUGCGUCCGCUUACUCAAGGACUUCCUCCAAAGGGUCCUGCAGUUGGAACAAUCUGGCCCGAAGACAAGCGCAAGGCUCUUGCAGACGCUGCGAUCAAGGCGCUCAAAGAAGUGCCGGAAAAUGCGUUAGUUACUAUCACACCCCCGGACAUAGACGGCAUGCUUGAGCAGAACCCGAGCUAUAUUGAUCUGUGCGAGUUGCUUGAGAAGAAAGGUCUGAAAUUCCAUCGGGGUCAGUUUGCGAGACAACUUCUGAGCAAUGUGCCCUAUCUUAAUGGACCUUCGGGCAAGCCGGAUCCCACACCUUCCAGUCCUGCACUAAAGCGCGAUGCAACUCCUUCGAUCCCACUGCAAGACCUCACGGUGCCAUCCACGGCCGCAACGGUGUCAACUCGAGCCCAAGGCAAUGCAGGUAAUACCAGGUCUCAAGCUAUCAACAGAGGAGUGGAUGAGGCAGUCUUCAAGUCUGAGAAGCCGCUCUUCGGCCCCCCUCAGUCGAAUACAGUCGCACUACAGUUGCCACGACCGAGACUGUCUAAACCUCACCCUCUCGCACGACCUGAGCCGCCGCCAGGUUCGAAAGAGGCUAAUGCUCGCAAACGCGAUUUCUCAGAGGUGGUCGAUCUUACAGCCUUGAGUGACAAUGAGGACUACGUGAUGUCCAAGAAGCAGGCACGGGUCGCGAGUCCGUCACCAGACCCGACAAUUCAUCCAUUAUUUCGGUACGAAAAUUUCCCGAUCAUAACAGAUCCACAGCGACGAAAGGCCCUGGGACAACUUCCAGUCGAAGAUCUGUUGCCCGCGCAAAGCGGAGUGCUUGAGCAGCCUUUCCGCCACAAUUCAAAUCAGUCUCCGCAUCCACGGAGUUACACACCACUUCCACAUUUUCCGGCGCACCAGCCGGGUCGGGCAUUGCGGAUACCCCCACCAAUACCCUUGCAGCAGGGACCGUUCAAGUGCCUGGCCAAACCAGUCAACAAAGCAGAAGCCCUGCGCAAGACAUGUUACGACGCCAAAACGGUGGCCCGGGACCUCCUUAUUGCUAUCGGCAGACAUCCCACUGAGCGCCCGCUCAAUGCCCACUUGGCAGGUCUGUUAGGGAAGUAUAUCGAAAUCGAUUCCGACCUGAGCACAUUUGAAUGGGAUGCAAUAGACCCAGGAGGACCCCCAGUGCCCCAAGUCCCUUACGCAGAUGUUCCAACAGGACCACCGCGAUUUGGAUGGGGACACCGCGGUAUUCAACCUCCCAAGCUCGAACAACAAGCUGCUGCUGCUGCUGGUGCUCCUGGCGCCGAGGCGCGCCCGGCAAGCUUGCCAGAUUCGGACAAGCGCAAAGUGCCUGCGCCCUCUACGAACCGUGUGUCGGCCCCAGCUCAUCGUCCGGAAGAGAAGCCUGAAUCAGACAAAGCUCGAUCGCCCACGUCACCGCUGCAGGUAAAGACCGACUUGGGGCCGUCUCAUAUCGUGCGGCGCGCUUGUGGUCGACCGCCACGGGAGCCUGAACGUCCUCGCAGUUCGACGCCCAACUCAGUCCUACCUCAGAAGCGGAAAACGAAUGGUGUCGUUCCCUUCGAUGAGACCCCUGCCUCGGGGCGCAAGCGAUUUACGCGGAGUGCCUCUACACAACUGACACCGACUAUUGUGCCAUCCACCAGUUCUGCGAAGAAGAUGGAGGCUGCGGGUCUGUACACAAGUGGAAAGCGAAGGGGUCGCCCUCCUGGGUCUAAAAUCAUUCACCCUGCGUCUGAAGCCGGGCAGAGAGCUGUCGCGCAGAUCAGUCAGAUGGGAAUCAGCGUGCCUCCAAAACCUAUGUCGCCAAUCAAUCCAGUUUUCAGGUGUCGCUGGAAAGGGUGUCAAGCACACCUCCACAAUCUCGAAACCAUACGAAACCAUGUCUCAAAAGUGCAUCAUCCCACGAGCGAACUGCUAAAGGAGCAGAAUGGCUACAUCUGUUGGUGGAAAAAGUGCAAACUCCUGGUUGAAGAUGAGGACGGCAAACUCGGACCCUCACAGAUCUUUCACACCCGUGGAGACUGGCUGGGACACAUUGAAGAAGCCCAUCUGAGGGAGGUCGCGCAGAAACUUGGGUAUGGCCCUUCACUCAAGCACAUCGGUAAGCAAACACAGAAGCGGGCGUCAUUCCCAUUUGACGUGUCGAAAUUCUCAUUUAACCCUGCCUCACUUGCACCUUCAACACCACCCUGCUCAAGUCCUGUACCAGUGGCUAGAACAUUCUCUCACACAGAUCCUCAGACCGUCCUCCAGGAUAGAACGCGUUUCCUCACCGACCCGGAAGGCCGAGUCACCACCCCGGACGUUACAAACCCAUCUACGCAAGAAGAUCUUCCGGCAGAUACCAUGCGUCUGCUCAAGGCGGACCGCCAGAAUAACGAAGAACAGGCGCAGAAAGCCUUCAUCAAGACCCAUCGGCAGGAGAAAAGCAACCCGAGGGCCGUCGCCGAAGAGACUCUGAAGGCCAUGUCUGCUCGGAAGGCCAAGAUCGGGCCAGGGAUUGACAGAGGAGGUUGUAUCCUUGUCACCGAGGAGAGAAGAGCCACACUGAUCCAGAAUCCGGGUAUCCAGCGAGUCGUGGAAGGGGAUUAUUGA